GAUUGGAAUGGAGCUCCUUCUGUUGCUAAAUCCCUUGUCUGUUGUCUACAAGGCCCUGGCUUCCAUCUUCAGCCAAACAGAAAAGUCACCAAGAUUGAGAGUCAUCAGGGAGCGGCUCUUUGAGGACUCACCUCUAGAGACCUUCCAGGCAUGGGAAAGGCUCCAAGGGAUCUCUUGGAACAUCAGUCCUGGCAGAGGCCGGAAAUGGACCGCUCCUAAUGUUCUGGGGAAUCACAUGGACACCAGUACAGAAGAUGCCGUGAGCCAAGGCUCACAGAUGGCUCACCCAAGCUGCGGGCAGGAUGCAGCUGUUUCUUGCUGCAGAGGAUUAUGGGAGCAGGUUUGCAUGGCAAGAAAACUGACUAAUAGAGAUGUGAAGGCUCCAGGAACCCAGGGUCCAACCUCGGCAAGCCUGCCUUCCACUGUAAGGUGCCAGACUCCGCGUGUUGCCUUUGUGACAGAGCACAUCCCCCAGCCACAUUGGUCUUCUGCGGUGGCACAGACAACAACCACAGCCUCCUCAUCACACCACGGCAGGCUUCUGACAUAUCCCCAAACAGAAGAAGCUCUUGGUCCUUCUUCAGUUCCAAGCUUGUUCCAGCAAGACACAUCAAGAAGUGCUCCCAGGAGGAACUGUUAACCAAACGGGAGACCAGAUGAAGAAGGGGCGCGGCGGUGUGAGUACAGACCUAGUCCCAAAGAGAGCAUCAGCCAGGUGCACAGGGGAACUCUGGUGCAAUUACAUCUUAGCGUUUGUCUGUUUGGAAAGGAAGGAUGCUGGGGCUGUCACCUACACCAGGUAUCACUGGCUGUGGGUGGAGGAAGCAAAUUCUGGGCAUCUGUUUUGUUUUUCCAAACAAGAGCUUGGAGAUACACACACGCGCGCGCGCGCGCGCGCACAUACACAUCCCAUGCUGACCUUGAACUCAUGAUCAGGCUAUCUGGGAAAUUUAACUGAAACUCAAGACUGAGAUUCAUUUAGUUACAUGAAUGAAUUGAUGAAUGACCAGCUGGAGAAGCUGCGCAGGAGGCAGCGUCGUGGUCCAGGCUCGCCCGAAGAGCUGAGUGUCGUUUUCUCCGCUCUGCUCGCGGCCCCCCGCCGGAAUGCAGAGUGCCCUGGAAGGAGGCGGAAAUGAGCGCGCUCCACAGCUCUCCAGCCGAGUGUUUACUUAAUUAGGGCCUGUAUCCUGAGGCUCGUUUGUGUUUAACUGUCUGCCUAAUGGUUUCGUCUGGCUCCGGGCCGGCGCUGGAGGAACUUUGGGGGUGAGGAUAGGUCGAGCCACUCUGUCCCCUCUAGGUUAGAGCAUUGAGCAGCUCCGGCGGGCACCUAGGAUUUGGCAAGCGUCCCCAGCAGGAGAGCUGGACCACUAAGCUGCCUUGGGCUUUUUCUGCAAGUUGCCACCUCCUCCCACAGCUGCUAGGACUACGCGGAUCACUGAAGACUCCAGAGAUGGCAGAUGCCGGCUACCCGCAGCGGCGAAAUUGAAGGAUUCUGACACUGCUCAUUCUCUUAGUUGUGGAACUGGGAGCGCUAGCCAGUUCCCUAGCUGGCGAGGCAGAGAAAACUAAAUGAGCCGCAUCCUAGAGUCCUAAUACCGACAACACUGAGCUCUUGCUCAGUGCCAGCUACUGAGUUCAGCGUUUUUAACACGUUAAUCUGUUUAAUCCUCAAGUACACAUCUUCGUUUAAUUCUAAUACAGCCGAGCUCCUCUUCCUACACCCCCCCCCCGCGCUCUCUCUGUGUGAGUGAGAGAGAGAGAGAGAGAGAGAGAGAGAGAGAGAGGUGUGUUCAUGAGUAUGAGUAGGGGCCACGUGCAUUGGCCGGAGGACAGUCUCUGAGACAAUACAAUCUUUCACCUUGUUUGAGAUUGGGUCUCUGUUUGACACUGUAUGAACCAGGCUGGCUGGCCUGCUGGCUUCCUUCUGCCCUCCCCCCAUCUCUUCAUAGGAGAUCCUUACAGAUGGGCUACUGCCAUCCACAUUCCGUGGAAUCUGGGGACUUGAACUUGGGACUUACCAAAGCACAUUAUCCACUGAGCCGUCUCCUCUAGUCUAGUCCUUUAUUUGAAACAAAGACUCACUAUGUAGUGUAGGCUGUCUUUGAACUUGCAGUAAUCAUCUUGCCUCCACAUCCCGUGCAGGGAUUAAAGGCACACUCCUCUCCUGGCUCUAGUACAGUACUUUCAGAGGGUAGGUAUCAAAAUAAUCCCAGUGACAGCUGAAUAGGUAAGGGUUAUGCCUCAGUAAAGGUGGGACCCGAGUCUAAAUCCCACCCAGUAAAUCGAGUAGAGCCAAUGCUUGCCUGAUUACAUCAUAAGUUCUACUGCUCAGCCAGAGACUUGGGUAGAAAGGACAGGUAGGUACAGGUUAAUACUUGAAGGCAAACAAAACAAAACAAAACAAACAUAAACCUCUAAAGCUGAGCUAGCUGGAGAAAAAGCAUCAUCCUGGGAUCCUCUGGAGAGCAAUGGAAGAUGAGGCGCACUCGGAGAAUGGGGUGGGGGGGGAUACGUUGGUUCAGAAAGCUUGUCUCAUCCAGGGCUGAGGCUGCAGCUCAGCAGUGGAGCACUUGCCUGGCAGGUGUGCAAGGUCAUGCGUUCAAUCUCCAGCAUUGCAGAGAGGAGGGGCAGGGGAUGGGGGAGAGAUGCCUUUACAGGGAAAGGGCAUGGGAAAUGGGGCAGUUGGAGCCUGUGCACGGACGGGGGUGGCAAGUCUUAGUACUAGGUACAAGGUCUUAGUACUAGGAAGGUAGAGGCAGGGGAAUCGGAAGUUCAAGGCCAUCUCCAGGUGCAUAGUGAGUUUCAGGCCAGCCUGAGACACAUUACCCUUUUUUUUUAAAAAAGUCAUCAUUGUUAAGCUGGUCAUUGUGGGUCAUUGUCUUUUAUCCCAGCAGUUAGGAGCCAGAGACGGAAGGUUUGAAUGAAUUCAAGGCCAGUCUGAGACUACAAUGUGAGAGUCUGCCUCAAAAC